AUGUCUACAAGAGAAAUUGCUUCUUUGGGUAUGGCGUUUAGGAGGUGGUCAUUCUCCGGUAACGAUGAUGGCAACUCUAGUGAUGUUGUCACCGCAGAAAGCCCUUUAUCACCUGCAUCGGCAAUGCGCUUCAGCUACACCACUGAAGGCUGCCCACACACAAAUUCUAUCGAUGGCACAGUCGAGACAUCCCUCCAAAGCGAAGCAGAAUUGCUUCAAUCAAGGUUCUUGAGAGUCGAUUCUCUCUCCGGUGAUCUCUCUGUAGAGAAUGUUCAGUCUUUGUUUAGCAAUUUCACAAAUAUGAAGGCGAUCAAUAUAUCAAAUCUAUCCAAAGAGGGGUUUGUCAUUCUCGCCUUCUUCACUUACUCCGAUGCACACGACGCGCUCGUCGACCUUGGUGAAUCCAAAUUCAAGGCAAGGCUGUGCACUGAGAGUGAGAUUAACGAAACAACCGACGCCAAGCGCUACAUCAAUUCAAUGACGUCAGGAAAGCUCUCAGUACGCCUUCAUAAAGAAGCCCAACGACCUGUCCUUGAUCUACUCGAAACGAUUGGCAGAGUAGCCAAAUACCAGCACAUUCUUCUGCAAAAUGAUCAAGUGCUGCUCCAGAUCGAGUACGACGAUACUCGUCAUGCUAUGGAAGCAGACAAAGCGCUUGGUCAAUCGCGUUACGAUGUCGAGAAGACAUGGAAUCACUCGGUGCUUGAAUCGUUAGCAGCACGCAACAAAGCUGCUAAAUUCAAAGAACGCAAGCUGCAGCCAUUUGAAGGAGCCAUACCUAAUCUCGAUCCUCAGUCUUAUCUGUCUUCAUUUAGUCCGCAAUUGAUCUCUAGUACAUCCAGGUCACUGCCCUCGUCUAUCCAUGCUCCAUCAGUUGCUCACGAAAGCUCAUACAAGUCAGCGAAAAGUCAAAGAUCACAUACCCCAGAACGCAACCAGAUUGAUCUCGGCCGUAUUGAAAGAGGCGAAGAUACCCGUACGACUGUUAUGAUCAAGAAUAUUCCAAACAGACUCACUACUGAUCAGCUUGAAAAAUAUAUUUCAGAUGUCGUGCCCAGAUCAUUUGACUUUCUCUACCUGCGCAUGGAUUUCAAGUCGCGUUCGAAUGUUGGAUAUGCGUUCGUCAAUUUUUUGACAGUUGAUGAACUGUAUAAAUUUGCAUCGAUGCGUAUCAAUUAUAAGUGGGACGUAUACCACAGUGAAAAGAGAAUGGGAAUGACAUAUGCUAAUGUGCAAGGCAAGGAAGCUUUAACUGCAAAAUUUAGGAAUAGCGUAGUGAUGGAAGAAGAACCUGGAUUCAGACCACUGGUAUACUACUCAUCGGGGGUGAAUAUCGGCAUUCGUGAGGACUUUCCAAUCCCAAACAACGAACACAGAUUGGCUCGUUCACGGGUCAAUGCAAGAUCAUACGGUUUGUACAACAUUCAAGCGAUUUAA